AUGUUUUACUACUCUCUUAGAUAUUCAUAUACUUCGAGACUGGAGAUUAAGUAUCUGGGAACGCUGAACUUGAAGAUUGAAAACGAUUUUGUUGAAUCUGACGUAACGUCAACGAAUACGUCGCGAACAAAUUCUUCGAUACAAGCGAGCGACAAAGUUUAUUUGCUUCAAGAGAGCUCAAGCGUAAAGCACUCCGACCAGAAGAUCAAAACGACGGUGUUGGCGAUUGAUAAUAAAAAUAACAGAAAUAGAACCUCCAACAACAGUUUAACUAAUCAUUCAGCCGAUGGAUCAGUAGCAAUUCACGAUAACCACAAACAAAACAGCUCAAUUAUUGGUAAAGCGAAGGCUGGAGUAGGGAGCGAUGGAAGCAAAACAGUACAAGAUCUUGAAGAGAACUUAUGUCCUAACAGCCCUUCGACGUUAGUAGAAAUUCAUGCCGCAGGAGAUAUAGAAGAGGAUCCAAAUGUACAGACUGUACAGGAAUCAUAUAUUCUCAACACUCCAAGAGAGUUACGACAACGAGAACGCAGAAGGCUGGUUGAGAAGUUUUGUCAAAAGACUGGACACAAUGCCAUGCCAGACCCUUUUCACUUGGCAGUGAUUCCUUCUCUCAAAAUACUAUACUGUGUAACACCUAAAGCGGCUUCCAGGCAGUGGAGGACAAUGCUGUAUCACUUUAACAAAGGCCUAAGAGGGAACUUGCGAUUGAAUUCAUUUCCUCCUGACCAGCAAAAGCGGAUGUUGCAAACAUAUUUCAAGUUCACGUUUGUUCGUGAGCCGUUCGAGCGCAUUCUGUCGGCGUACAAAGACAAGUUUAUCAAUCUAAGGCAGGUAUCCGUAGACCGCAAAAUUCGUGAAUUUCACGGCAAAAAAAUCCUGAAGAACUUCCGUCCACAUGCUUCAAAGAGUGCACUUAAAAAACUCGAUGACAUCACUUUUCGUGAAUUUAUUCAAUAUUUAGUAACCAAAGGAAGCAACAAGAGCACGCCUGUUAUGGACUGGCACUGGGACAAUUACGUCAACAUAUGUGGAAUGUGUGCCAUCAACUAUGACUUUGUAGGUCAUUACGAAACUUUUGAUCAAGACUUAGCAGACUUCAAAGAGGCAGCAGAGUUAUCGCCUGAAGUAGCUAAGAGAUUCAAUGCUCGUGCUAACAAUAAAUCCGAUACCGCCUCCUCUUUACUCAGUUAUUACUCGCAGCUUCCCAUAGAAUGGGUCGACAUCCUGGGUCGGUUGUUCAGAGCCAACUUUGAGAUGUUUAAUUACGACUUUCCGGGACCUCUUAAGAGUCUGUUUGAGUAA